CUACGAUAUUCUUCUUGUAAGUUGCGUGUACAGAUGCGGUCCGGUUAUCUUUCGUUUUUUCAAUAAAUUUGUGCGACGGACAUUGUUAAAAAGUACUUCAAAUAAUAGUUUAAACAUUAGUGUGCACAUAUAUAUCGGUUAUACCAACGUACACAGUGUAUCAACUUCGUAAUCAGGAUGACAUCAGUCAAGAACCGAGAACGUAUUUUAGAAGCGAUUGACCAGUUGCGGCGCCGUAAAGCUCGGCCGGACAUUCAGAGAAUUUGCAAUUAUUUAUUUCGCCGGUUCGCAAUUAAUUCCUCUGAAGCAAGAACGGAUUUAGAAUGGUGUGUUGAUAAUAAUUUUGUGUUAAAAGUUGAAUACAAAGGUAGCAUAAGUUAUCGCAAUGCUGCAAAAAAAUACGCACAAAUGAGACAGAGAAAUCCGGAGCAAAGAAAACCGCUGUCAAAUCAAGGUUCAUAUGUAAGUGACAGCGCUUAUAAAACAAAUAGACAAUUUAAUGAGUUGUUGACAAAUGCUUUUGGAGAAUUAAUUGUGGAAGAACCAGAUUAUUUAGAAAUUGGAGUACCCAGUACCGAAAUAAUUAACAAUAUAUUAGCAAAGGAUAGCGUCAGGUACACAAAAAAGUACAUAAGUAUACUUUUGGAAAAGGAAGUUGAAGCGGGAGGGUUGAUAAAGAUGGAAAAUGGUAAUUACCUUAUGGGUCCUUCCAAAGACGAAGAUAAUGGGAAAGAGAAAAUCACAGAAUGGAAAAGGGAGAUAGAUGUCAUACAAACGAACGUGAAUAGAGAUCAGUCGCAAUCAAAUAAUCGAAAUAAUGGUAACCACUUUAUCCUUCAAAGUAAAGUUAAAAAGGAUUCGGAGUCAGAAGUUAAAAGGGAAAUAAAAAAUGAUAAUUACGAAGUCAUGGAUUCGUCAACAAAUUCGGCGGACGAAAAAAAAUCCGACGGUUCAUUGAGAAUCGGAGGUAGACGUAAGAGGGCAAAAAAGGUAUUUGAUCCAUCAGAUAACCACAUUCCAAAAAAAAGAGGUCGACCUAUUGGUUCUCUUAAUCGGUCGACUAUAGAAAAACAAUUAGCUAGGUUAAAUAAUGAUGAUAGUAGGGAAAACCGUCCAGAAUCAAGAACUUCAAGUAAUGGAAGAGACCAAGGUGGAGUGUGUUCCGUUUGCCAUCAGCAAAACAGAAAAGGACCUAAUGAUAGAAUGGUAUUGUGUAGAGAAUGCAGUAAUAAAGCACAUAUUGGUUGCUUAAAUGGAGAAGAUAUGAUGCUAAAAAUGUAUCCUGAUAAUACAUGGCAAUGUCCUUAUUGCAAGAGUUGUGUAGUGUGUUUUGAAACGUCAGAUGCUGGUAAUUUGACAGUAUGUUCUGUGUGCGCUGAUGGAUACCAUGCAACUUGUCAUCACCCAAGGAUUCCCGAAAAAAUGCGAAAUGGUCAAAAAUGGCUUUGUAUCAAUUGUCAGAUGCCUGAUGAAUUAAAACUAAAUGCAAUUCAGUCAAAUAUUGGAAACGCUUAUAGCCAUAAGAGUUCUCUAGACACUAACGAUAACUCCUCAUCAAAUUCCGGUAAUUCAUCACCUUCCUACAUUUCUCCAUCUACCUCUCCAACGCCACCUCAACUGAGCCCUCAAACCGUUCUACGAUCGGAAAGUCCCGAUGGCGAUGGGCAGUCGGAUUCUCAGAGUGUUAAGGAAGAAGAUGAGGAUGAUAAUAUUGAUCCUUCAAUACCUGAUGCUACACAUUGGUCAGCGGAUGAAGUAUACCGCUAUUUUUAUCAAUAUUUUCCCGAGGAAGCUAAAAUAUUUAAAGAACAGGAAAUUGAUGGUAGAUCGCUUCUUCUUUUGAAGAGAAUGGAUGUUCUAACAAACCUUAACCUAAGAUUGGGUCCAGCGUUAAAAAUUUAUAGACACGUCGUGAAAUUACAAGUAAGAAGAGACGAUCCGAAAUUGUAUUGGCUGUAAAUGAUCUCAUUUAUUUUUGUUUUUAUUAAUUUUUUAUUUAAGUAUUAAUUAAUUUUGUAUUUGUUAUAUAAUUCAGAAUCAGCAGACUGUUUUUAUUGAAAAUUUUGUAUAUUUCGAAUGAUUUUUUUCAAGCUGCAGUUAUUUGACUAUAACUAAUUUAAAGUUUUAGACAUUUUUGACUGAGUUAAGGUUGUGCUUAUUCAGUUUGCUUAUCAAUGAUAUAAUAUUGAUAUUUUAAGAUAGUUCCUUGACAAGCAUUGAGAGGAGUAUUUGUGAUAUUAAACUUCUGAAGCUCAAUAGAAACAAUUGGAAAGUUAUUUUUUUGCUAUUUUCUUAAAAAAUAAUGUUUUUUAAGAACAGCAAGGAGAAACAUUCCAGAAACGUUGUACAUUAUUUUUAACAAUAUUUUUUUAAAAUGCAAUAAACCUUAUUUAUUUCUAAUUAUCAGUAAUUUAUACAACGAAUUUUUAUUUAUAUCAUUUAAAUGUUUCACGAACAAUUUCAUAUUUGAUAAUCGCUUGAUAUACAAUUGAGGUUACAUUAAAAGAUCAAAAUUAGGGAAUAUAAUAUUUUUGCGUCGUUUUUACACAAAUAUUUUAAACUAUUUCUAAUAUUGAAGAGCUGGUCGAACCUUACUGGGUUCUACAUUGGUUUAAAAUAUACAGGGUUGGGCAAAAUUAGCGAAAUAUCAGAUUUAAGGGUCGAAUUUCUUUUUUAUGUGAGUAUAUUUUGAUGUACUUAUAUUAUUUAUGACGUCAUCAAUAUUCGAGAUACAGAGUAUGCUUUAAAGUUGAAACGAUAAGGAAAGUUUUUGAAUAUUAUGUUUGGAAAAAACGUCGUAGGACAAUCACGCCUGCUUAUUUAAAAACUUCAAAUAGCCCCUAUCAAAGUUGGCUACUGACGUUAGUUAUCUGCCAAAUUCGCGAUUUUUUAAAAAUCGUUCAAAAAUUGUCGUUUUUUGAAAUAUGAAAAAAGUUAUUAGACAAAUUUGUUUCUUAUGACAUUUUACGUCAAUAUUUGAGAAUAAUGCGUCGGAACGGAGAAGUGUCGAGUAGGUGGGGCGUCGGGUAGGAAAAGCGUUGGAGAAUUUAUUUGGAUUUUGGAACUGAAGUAGUGAAUUCUGAAUUGAACUGAAUAAUGAGUUCGCCGGGAUUGGAUAUUUAUAUCAAAGGAUAUUUAAAAUAUUUUUUUAUGGUCCCAUGGGACAUUUUUUAACCGACUUCAAAAAAGGAGUAGGUUCAUGUAUGUUCAGCGAUAAUUCUUUAACACGGUAUCCAAUUUCAAUGAUUCUUUUUUUGUUAGAAAGGGGGUACUUCAGGGAUGGUCCCAUAUUAAAUUGGUCAAAAUCUAAUUGAGACCAUUAGAAAAUCCUCAAACUCUUCAUUUUUAAUGUAUGUUUAGCUGUAAUUCUUUACCACCUUGUCCGAUUUAUAUGAUUAUUUUUUUGUUAGUAAGGAGGUACCUCAGGAGUGGUUUUAUCGCUUUUGACUAUCAAACGUUCCCGAGCAAAUCUCUAGACCUUUUUUCUGCCGUUACAUAAAUCACAUUUUCUACAUCCCAUCGGCAAUUGACCCAAUAAAAUCUUCCCAAACUCGUGCCAGUGUCCUUUUGGUACCAAAAUGUUCUGAACGGCUGCUAUGAGGCUCCUUCAACACACUUCUGACAUGUAACUUCGGCAGUACCAAUUGCGGACUAUAUGACUCCAUUGGACUUCUCCCACAUCCGGUGCAAUAUGUCAUCGUGUGAAGAUUCAGGGAAUCCUACUGAGUCCAAUAAACUAUAAUAGUUCCAGUAUAUUUGGGUAUCUCUUGCCAAGUAGGUCUAACUUUUUUUAACUCAUUCUCGGAUAACCUUCAAGUCAUUGUCUUUCCUUUGUCUCUUUCUCAGGCUUUCAAGGGUUAUUUCCUCUUUGUCUAACUUCUUCAACCGGUACCUUCAUUGUCGUUCUAAACAGGGUCGCCUGGAAAGUGUCUGCGUUGCUAUGGAGACGGGCUCUUUAAUGCACUACUUCCUGAUUAUUGCUAGAAAGCCGACAAGGUGUGGGUGACUGACUUCUCUAGAAAGCAUAUCUGCUGUAAUUAUUUCCUAUUGAUCUUCGUGACGGGCUUUUGGAGAUUGAUCUAAGCGACUUUUUGUCCUCAUUCCACGAUUCUCGAUCUAUAGAACGUGCCUUGCUUCUACAGGUUCUUUGAAGGUGUCCGAUUCUUUGGCAAUUGCUUUCAUUUUGGUUGUUUCGUUGCAUAUUUUGCAGGAUGUUUAAGAUUUGUGAGAGAGUAUGUUAGGGAGUAGUCUGUUUCGUGAUACAUUGAGGUUUUCGAAGCUCGAAUUAAAAAAAAAUAAAUUAAAAAAAAAUAAAUAAAACAAUUUAGACAUUAGACGUCAUAUGAAACAUAAUUUUGGUGUUUUCGAAGCUUGAAAAACUAGAACACAUUUUCCGUUUCAAUGUUGUGAUGCCGGAAAAACCUCAUUUUCUAAAAUAACACGUCACGAGUUUGACGUUUUUGAUUCAUCAGAAGAGUAAUGUGUGAAUACAAGAUAAGUUUCCUGUCCACUAUAGCAGUCUUUAAUCAAGCGAGCUCAUGACCUACAAGGGGACAACUUUUGAUAUUUUGAAUCUUAGCGAUUUUUUAUGGUAGUUUCCUUGGAAAAAUUCCCUUGUGCAUACAAAAGCCCUUUAUAAACGCAAUCCAAACAACUCGCGCGUCAUAAUUAUUGUAACAUUGAUUAGUAAUAUAUUGUAUCAUGCAUGAAUAAAAUCAUAACAUAAUACUCAACUGUGAUUGGAUCAUAAACUAUUAUUAGCCUGAUAACUGUUUCUUUUUCUUCCAGUCUUUUAUCUCUUUAGGCCAUUUUUUACGUCUGUUUAGUACCUUUUACUUAUUUGUCUCUUUCAUUAGAUAUCUGCAGUACAAUCUUGUUCUAUUUUUCUGCACACGGUCACCAUAUUCCUUAUAUGUUUAAUUCCUAUUUUCAUAUUACAUAAUGAAUGUCCUUAUUUUUUUAUUAAUUUUUUCUUGCUUUGGUUUUCUAUUUCAUAUCAAUUUUAUUUUAUUGAGCAGCUAUUCACGUUCUUCGAUAAUUUAUAUAUAUCUCCCCGUAUCAUGUACUUCUUUUCUUCAAUUUUCCCUCAUGUUUUUAAACGUUUUGUCUUUUUAAUGAAUGCCCAGACUUUGUUAACAAGGUAACAUCACAUCGCCUAGUGAGAACAUUAGUGACCUAACUCAUUAUUGACAACUACAGCUACCGAGCGGACAGUAGUAGAACUAUAAUUUCGCCAGUUAUGUACCAGUUGCGGGCUACAUUAAGCAAUUUUUUGAAGUACACAAGUCAAAAACGUGUAUUUUUGAGUUACGUCACUGAUGUUCUCACUAAACGACAUGUAUUUACUAUAAGCUGUUAUUUUCAUUAAAUGGUUUCUAGUGAACAAUGUAAAAAACAUCUGUCUCAGGUUGACUUCACGAAUCUUAAAAGACCCACUCGAUGUCCUUCGUUGUAGACCAAUUUUGUCUCACUAACCAAAAUGUCAAUUUCUAUUAUACAUAUAUAACUUUCUCUUGAUAUGUAAAUAUGACAUUUCCAUUAACAUCUUCCAUUAACAUCUUCAAUGCCAAAGGAAUUUCUAGAAUUCGUUCUCUUAGAACAAAGCAAUAUUAAAAAAAAACUAUAUACGGCAAAUUUAGUGACAGAAUUUGUAUUUAUUAAAAGUUAACUGUCAUUGGAACCAACAGUACGUCCCACUAAUAUAGCGUAUUUAAAUAAUUCAAAAUAACGUAGAUCCCAUUUGGACUAAGCGAACAAUUUUUUAAAUUUCACUUUGUAAAGCCAUUGAGAUAGAAUAAAAAGGAGAUGUUAUCACGAUGCUAAAGUAACCGCUCUUUUGCAUUACAUUUUUACGUCAUAUGUCAAACUAGAAUCAGUUUUGGUGAGAAUAAAUGUCUUUUUUUGCAAAUAGCUUCAUUUAAAUGAUAUAAAAUCAUUUUUAUUACGUCAGUCUUCAAAUAUAAAAUUAUUGACUUCAUAUAAAUCAAAGUUCGACUGAAGUCGCCAUUUUCAAAACAUUUUUCCGUCACUUGAAGUGCGUCGAUCUAUAAAAACGCAAAAUAGUGUAUAUGUUGCCUCCACUUUAUUUUAUCUCGAUGUAUAAGGCGAAAUACCCAGACAUAAUCUCUUGUGGCGGCUAUUUGUGAUCUUCCUGGCAUUGCACGUGUUUUAAUAGAUUUAGUUAUCCGGUAAUGUAUUUAUUAAAUAUUUUAAGCGUUGUUUAAUGGAUAGAAAAAGUUAACCCAAAAUAUUAUUCAAAAAAUGCAUCUACUGAAAUAGUUGUACAGUCGCUUUGUAUUUAAAAAAAUAUAUAUAAUUAAAUUUCUUCUUUCUGACGAUUUGUAAAUACUUAAUU